AUGGAACCGAACUUCGUUGAGAAGGGAAAAAAAAUCUUUGGCAUGCCAGGGACCGGCGCUGCCGCGCGCCGGCGGCGGCUUGCCUGCAGGCACGAGGACGGCCGCGCCGCCAGCAGUGGCGUGCCUGCGGGCGCGGGGACGGCCGCGCCGCUGCCGGUCGACUGCCGAGGACUGCCGCAGCCGUGUGCUGGCUUGUCGAGGACCGCCGCCGCUGGAAUGCCGCUUGAGGCCGCCGGGGAAGGCGGGGCCGCGGCGGGGGUUGGGGAGCGCCGGAGCGGCUGUAGCGGCUGCCGCCUGCCGGGGACGGGGAGGGGCUGCGACGGCGGCCACCGGCUGGGGUGGGUGAAGAGGAGGCCGGGGACGCGGAGGGGCCGCGGCUGGGGCCGGGGAGGGACCCCGGCGGCAGCCGAGGAGGGCAAGGCGGUGGCCGGGGAGGGCGGGGAGGGUCGCCACCGCCGCAUCAGGGUCUCGCCGUCUCCGCUUUGGGGGUCGCCGUUGCCCGCCGAGUCUGGGUCUAUGGGGGGAGGGGUUGGCGCUGGGCGGGUGGGCGUCGAGUCCGACUGGGGGCGGCGGCUGGGGUGGGGUGGUGGUCUCGGGACUUAG